GCGGCGGCGGCGGUGGUGGUAGAGGUAGAGGCGGCGGCAGCUGUGAAGGGGUUCCGGAAAGAUGGUGCUGAUUAAAGAAUUCCGUGUGGUUCUGCCAUGUUCGGUUCAGGAGUAUCAGGUUGGGCAGCUUUACUCUGUGGCAGAAGCCAGUAAGAAUGAGACUGGUGGUGGUGAAGGAAUUGAAGUCUUAAAGAAUGAACCUUAUGAAAAGGAUGGAGAAAAGGGACAGUAUACACACAAAAUUUAUCACCUAAAGAGCAAAGUCCCCGCGUUCGUGAGGAUGAUCGCUCCUGAGGGCUCCUUGGUGUUUCACGAGAAAGCCUGGAACGCAUACCCCUACUGUAGAACAAUUGUAACGAACGAAUAUAUGAAAGAUGAUUUCUUCAUUAAAAUUGAAACAUGGCACAAACCAGACUUGGGAACGUUAGAAAAUGUACACGGUCUAGAUCCGAACACGUGGAAAACGGUCGAAAUUGUCCACAUAGACAUUGCAGAUCGAAGUCAAGUCGAGCCAGCGGACUACAAAGCUGAUGAAGACCCAGCAUUAUUCCAGUCUGUCAAGACCAAGAGAGGCCCUCUGGGACCCAACUGGAAGAAGGAGCUGGCAAACAACUCUGACUGUCCUCAGAUGUGUGCCUAUAAGCUGGUGACCAUCAAAUUCAAGUGGUGGGGCCUGCAGAGCAAGGUAGAAAACUUCAUCCAGAAGCAAGAAAAAAGGAUAUUUACAAACUUUCAUCGCCAGCUUUUUUGUUGGAUUGACAAGUGGAUUGAUCUGACAAUGGAAGACAUUAGGAGAAUGGAAGACGAAACUCAGAAAGAACUAGAAACAAUGCGUAAGAAGGGUUCCGUCCGAGGCACGUCGGCUGCUGAUGUCUAGAUGAGUCCCCUGUAGGGUCAGAGACAAUACCAAACUGUUUACGUAAUCAAGGUCAAGUAAGGGGAACCAGUGCAGCCAGUGAUGAAUGAAGAAGAAUCUGACCAUGUCUCGCAGUGUUGACGUUUCCCAGACGUGUGCUUGUGGGUCUGUGCCCAGAGGCACGGGUCCCAACUACGUGUGUAUAUAUAUUGGUGUGUGUCAAUCUGUAGCUGUAUAUAAAACGCAUGUAGAGCUACAGAUCCCAGUACACACACUUGUGUAUAUAUGUACAUACAAACAUACUGAAGGGAUUAGUACAAUUUCUCCAAAGUACUGUACCUAUCUUCAGCAAGAGUGCAAAAGGAAGUAUUUUCAGUAUAUAUACCUGGGACAGAUUUUAAUAAUUAUCAGAGUAAUGCCAUUAAUGGAUGAAUCGACUGCAAUGUAAUACUAGCUGGUAUGUUUCGUAAAUGGCAAG